AUGCGUGGGAGCGGGACUAGCGCGGGGAAUAUGCCGUUGGAGAUGCAGCCGACGGGGUUAGCUUCGUAUUCUUUAAACAGUGGUAAUUUCCAGCAGCCAGGAUUGCAUUCGGGCAGCAGCCAACCUCAACCACGGGCAGGUCCUGGAAUUUUGGACCUGCCCGCGCUUCUUGCCCCCCCAGGUGCUCGAGCACAGCAGGGAGACUCGCGGGGAAGGGGAAGAGGGGGGAGGGGCGGGGGGAGAGGAGGCAGGGAUGGGGGAAGGGGGAGAGGAGGGCGUGGAGACAGAGGCGAGGUAGAGCUGCCACAGCAUCAGGUAACCGGGUUACCAGCAUCAGUCUCGUCCGCUCCUCCGUUUCCUGUGCGACAUGGUUAUCAGCAUUCGCAGCAGCAGCCGUUUCGCCGCCACCAGCACCAGCAGCAGCAGCAGCAGCAGCAGCAGCAGCAGCAGCAGCAGCAGCAGCAGCAGCAGCAGCAGCAGCAGCGGCAGCAGCAGCAGUUCAACCAACCGAAGCUAUCCCAGCAGCAACCGUACCAGCACCAGCCACGUCAGCAGCAGGGAAGGCCGGCCUCGGAUUUGAGCGGCGCCAAUACCGACCAACGAAGCGCAACGAGCGCAAGAGACGGAGUGGAAGUUCCGCAGCUGCUACAGGAGAUAGAAAACCGGUUACGAAGCGGGCAGGUGGAGUGUAUGAUCUGCUACGACCCCGUGGGGCGGUCGGCUGCCGUCUGGACGUGCCACAGCUGCUACAGCCUGUUCCACCUCCACUGCACGCGCAAGUGGGCCAAAGCGCCCUCGUCCGGCGCCGCGCCAGACCUCGCCGCGGCGAAUGCGGGGGGGAGUGCUGGCGGGAACGCGAGUGCGAGUCAAAAUACAGCAGGAGCAGCAGGAGCGGGAGGAGCAGGAGUGGCAGCAGGAUCGGGGGGGCCAGGAGGCCUUGCUCUAAACCGAGAGAUUGCGGGCACGAUCCGGAUCACCCCUGCCAUUUCGGGGAUUGUCCGCCGUGUUCCUCUGCGGUUGCAAAGGAGACCUGCCCUUGCCACUGCUGCUGCUGCUGCUGCUGCUACUGCUCCACCUCCUGCUGCUACUGCUGCUGAUGAUGAUCAUGGGAAACAGGAGGACGGCGGGUCAGGGAAACAGCAGCCGGAACAGCAGCAGCAGCAGCAGCAGCAGCAGCGUCUCGCCUGCCCACUCUCCUGUGGCCAGCCUUGUGGCGCUCCCAGGAGGGAAUGCCAGCACACAUGCACAUCCACCUGUCACAUCGGCUCUCCCUGUCCCGAAACCCGCUGCACCACCCCUGCCACCAUCACUUGCGCCUGCGGUCGUCUCUCUGCUCGAGUCCCCUGCGGGGCAGGCGGGAAAGACUCCGAUUGGCUGACCGGGAAUCUCAUUCUGCCCGGGCUGCCAACUGCUCUGGUUCAGCCUGUGGAGGCCGCGGGCGGCGGCAGCCGGGCAGCGAGAAAGUUUCCGCCCGGGCAGUGCAAGCUCGCGUGCAAUGAGGAGUGUGAGAAGGUGCAGAGGAGGAAAGUUUUGGCGGAGGCGUUUCAUCCCUUGGCCGGUGCAGCAGAGGCUGCGGACAUAGAAUCCCGCCUGCAGUAUUUAGUCCUUGGACCCACCUCCAAAUCCCCUCCAGCAGCAGCAGCAACAGCAGCAGCAGCAGCCGCAGGAGGAGGGGGAGGAGCAGCGAGUGCAGCGGCGACAGCCGCUACUGGGUGGCCAAGAGACGGUGUUCGUCUGCAUAUUUUCAGGCCGAUGGGGAGAGAGAGGCGGGAGGCGGUGCAUCAGAUGGCGGGUCGGUGGCGACUGGAGACGGUGUCUAAAGGAGCCGAACCGCACCGGUUCACGCUCGUGUAUACCACGUCCAAGUCCCGCGCUCCUACCAGGAAGCUUCCGCUUCCUUCCGGCAGCAACAUCAGCAGCAGCAGCAGCAUUGGAAGCAACCUAGUGCCGCUGGGUCCCGGGUAUUCGCCCUCUCUCACUGCUCCUGCCCCACCCUUCGACCCGGAAAUAGACCUCAACCCGGCGCGUGUGGUGGCGCUGCCUUCCCUUCCCAGAGAAUCCAACGUGGCGACCCAACUAGUGAGGUUCGGAGGGGAGUGUGAGCUCGUGUGGAUCGACGAUCGCAACGCCGUUGCUGUGUUUGAGGACCCGGGGCGAGCAGCAACGGCCAUGCGGUUUCUGGAUCAUGCGAAGCCGUUCUGGGGUGCUGUUGCUCGGGGGAGUGUGUAUCAUUUGCAGCAGCCGCAGCAGCAGGGGCAGCAGGGGCAGGAGAAGCAAUGGCGGCAGCAACAGGGGUCAUGGGGUUUACCUGGGGGGGAGGUGGGCCUGGGGCGGGUGGGACUGCGGGAGGGGCGUGGGGGAGAGGAGGGGGGGGUGCAGCUGUGA